AUGUCAUUUGUGUCUGCUUGGGAGAAAAUCGGCGUCGGUGAAUACGAAUGGCUCAGCUACCCCAGCUCUACAACUCCAGCUCAACUACCUCAGCUCUACAACUCCAGCUCAUCAACCCCAGCUCUACAACUCCAGCUCAACUACCCCAGCUCUACAACUCCAGCUCAUCAACCCCAGCUCUACAACUCCAGCUCAACUACCCCAUCUCUACAACUCCAGCUCAACUACCCCAGCUCUACAACUCCAGCUCAACUACCCCAGCUCUACAACUCCAGCUCAACUACCCCAGCUCUACAACUCCAGCUCAACUACCCCAGCUCUACAACUCCAGCUCAACUACCCCAGCUCUACAACUCCAGCUCAACUACCCCAGCUCUACAACUCCAGCUCAUCAACCCCAGCUCUACAACUCCAGCUCAACUACCCCAGCUCUACAACUCCAGCUCAACUACCCCAGCUCUACAACUCCAGCUCAUCAACCCCAGCUCUACAACUCCAGCUCAACUACCCCAGCUCUACAACUCCAGCUCAACUACCCCAGCUCUACAACUCCAGCUCAACUACCCCAGCUCUACAACUCCAGCUCAACUACCCCAGCUCUACAACUCCAGCUCAACUACCCCAGCUCUACAACUCCAGCUCAACUACCCCAGCUCUACAACUCCAGCUCAACUACCCCAGCUCUACAACUCCAGCUCAUCAACCCCAGCUCUACAACUCCAGCUCAACUACCCCAGCUCUACAACUCCAGCUCAACUACCCCAGCUCUACAACUCCAGCUCAACUACCCCAGCUCUACAACUCCAGCUCAUCAACCCCAGCUCUACAACUCCAGCUCAACUACCCCAGCUCUACAACUCCAGUUCUACAAUCCCAGCUCAUCAAACCCAGCUCUACAACCCCAGCUCAACUACUCCAGCGCAUUAA